AUGGUAUCUGAGAAUUCUUCUUUCGAUCCGACGUUAUCGGGAAUAUCAGCCGGUCUCGAAUCUUCCAAUGAAUUUGAUCAAACAGCCAUCUUUGCAGAUUCACUAGGCCUCGACGACGACCCUUUGUUUCCAACAAAUUGGGACGAGACUACCCCGCCCUACGACGGUGGACUAUAUUCGACCCCGUUGAAUUGGGAUCCCCCGAUGCCGAAACAAGAAGACCUUCAGGAUAUAGGUCCGCAGUACAAUACUAUGAACUCGAACGGUGGACUUACGGCAGCUCAACAAGAAAAAUUGCGCGAUAUUGCCAUGCCCCCUCACCUGCAGUACCAAACUCAACACAGUCCAGUCUCGAUCACUUCCAAGACCACUUCGAUCUCCUCACCCGAAUCGCAAGAUAUGAGUCGCAAACGCAAAUCCUCGGCCGAGGUCGACGAUGAGGACGACGACGAGUCUGGAGGACACCACCCACCUGCCAAGAAGACGACGGCGCACAAUAUGAUUGAGAAGAGAUAUCGCAAUAACCUGAACGACAAGAUUGCGGCUCUCCGGGACAGUGUACCGAGUCUGCGGAUAAUGCAAAAGAGCGCUCGUGGUGAAGUGACAGCUGAUGAUCGAGACGAAUUACAAGGUUUAACUCCGGCUCAUAAAUUGAACAAAGCUACAGUCCUCUCCAAGGCCACUGAAUACAUUCGGCAUUUAGAGAAGCGCAAUUCACGUUUACAGGAUGAGAAUAAUCAAAUGAAGACACGCAUCAACGCUUUCGAGAAGCUCUUUGUAUCUGGAUCUAUGGGUUUCGGUCCCAUGCAACAACCAAUGAAUCCAUAUCAAUACGCUCAAGAUUUCAACACACCAGGUCCUUCACCUUCCUCCGAUCAAGGUAUGAUACCUGUACCAGACGCUAUGCGCAGACUACAUGGGCAAAUGAGUCAAGAAACUUUUGCUGUUCCCGAGCAAUAUGUCACACAGAACCGCCAACCAAUCGGUCCUAACGCAUGGAAUGGUGGAUACUUUGGCAAGCUCAUGGUCGGCUCUCUUGCUGGUCUAAUGAUUGUGCAAGGGUUCUCAGAGGCAGAGCAAGAUACUGAUACACCCGGCGCUCGUGGUCUCAUGGCCCUUCCUACUCACUUCCUUAAAGCCUUGAGCCGUGGUCUUCAUUCAAUGUUGGAGGUCAACUUCCAGGGAUAUCACUUGCCAGCAAGCCAGACUAUACAUUACCUUCAAUAUACUCUCGCACUCGGUCUCUUCCUCUACAUUUUCUUACCUUCGUUGUUCAGCCCUAAGCCGAAUGCAAAAGGUUCCAAGUCCGCCAACUUAGCCGCCGCGCCUUCACUCGCCUCUUCUAUACAAGUCAGAAGACAGGCUUGGCUUACAGCUGUUCAAACAGUCUGGGUGCCAAGGCAUAACUUCUUUCUUGAGGCAGCUGCUUUGUGUAUGAAGGUUGGCAAGUUCACCUGUCGCAACAUUGUUGGACCUUCGCUCUAUUCUUUCUUGACUGGUACCACCGAAGAGCAAGAGGUUGCUCGAAUUAAAGCCUGGACUAUCGCUCUUGACGCACAGUUGACUGGUGGUGAUGUUGAGGUCAGCAAAAGCCGUUUGACAUUGACUUUAUUGGCCUCUGGUACACUUCCUGACACUCCAGCCCGCUUAAUGCUCAAAGCACUACACAUUCGUGUUUUGUUAUGGGAGCUAAACGAGAUUGGAUUCACUGGAUCAAAAAUCAUUCGAAAGUGUGCUCAGGAAAUGGCUAGAUGGAAAUGGAACGAAGCAAAACAAAUGCAGCAAGUUCUUUCCCAGUCCAAAGAACAACAUGAUGAGCUACCCGAACACCUCGCUACCCUUCUUGAGCAUAAGUGCGAUGAUGUCUUGGUCGAUGCCGUUGUACAACGUGCUUAUAAUCUUGCAUGGAAUCUACCCACCACCAGCAACACAAAGGUAAACUGUGGUAUGGACCGCGUAGUGGAUGAUUUUGCUAUUCGGAGCCCUCUUGAUGCUGUUGCAGCUUGGUGGUCAAGUCUCACACUCCGCAAAGCAUUGGCGAAGAGUUUGGAGGUAGAGGAUGGAGAUGCUGCAAGUUACAAAACCAUUGCCGAUGCUAUCAAGAUUGCCAUCCAAACAGCACCUCCUGGAUCUGGAGCUCAAAUUCGUGCUCUCGUUGCGCGUGCCGUCCUUGUCAAGGAAAAGCGUGGCCAAAGUAUCGCUAUGGCUCUCAAGGCAGUUGGUGCAGGACAACAAAAGAUGCCCGUGUCAUCAAAUGUCAACAUCAAAACAUCUGUCGCCAAUUUACCAGACAUUCGAACUUCGAUCCAUUGCGCAAUGGCCCUUGCUUAUUUGGAACGCUUUCCUAUGCCAGCCAAUCCUGAGAACGCGCCAAAAAUCAUCGACUCUAUUGUUCCGGUCAACCUCACUUUACUUGGUUUCACGGCAAUGUACAAGCUUGUUGAAAAGAUGCAUGAACAUACUUUGAUUGCCUCGACCUGUGCUACUUCGUUGGAAAAAUUUGCUGGCAACCUCAGAAUUUGGAUCGGUGGCCCAGAUGGUGAGAAGAGUGGUUUGGAGACCGAAUUGAAGAGAGAAAUGGUGGAGAAAUGCUUAACCAUUACUGCACAAGUUGUUGGCAUGGAAAACGAUGCGGGCUAUGGUAGCAUGAGUGAUGACGGUGACAGUGAAGGAUGCUGA